GGUAGGACCUGCGCUCAAUCAAGAUUUGUAAGAAUCUUAUAGUCAGUAUUUGCAACUUGCAAUCUCCGUAAGUAGAAACAUACCUCCUACCUUACCUAUACGCCAAUGUAAGUAAUAAGCAGUAGCCACUGCCACACCAAACUAGGGAAAGUGAUAGGGGAUCUUACCUAUGUACAUACAGGUAGUAAAGCCCAGUUAAUUACGCGACCUUUCUCCACCAUCUUUUUUGUAAGUCCUCCGUACAUGAUUUAUUGCUUUUUCCCAAGUACAUCUUCCCCCCGCGUAUUUUCUGCAAGCUUGAGAAUAAGGCGCUUCUAUAAACACCAAUACGGUUACACGCAUACUAGAAAAAAAAAAGAACGCUUUAUUAACUAUCUGAUAAUCAUGUUGAGCUGACUUUGGCGCAAAUCGAAUCAUCAGACGAAAAAAUGGACGGAGUAGACGCUGAGAGUCCAGAUACCGAUGCUGGCCUAAACGCCGAGCUAGGUAUAAGCUUCGCCGUCGACGAUGUCAGCCUGUCACAUCUUGAAUCUGCUCCUGAGAUCGACUCAUAUAGUAGUAAGCCUUCGGGGGACAGCCCUGAUUCUAAUAGGCCUUACCAUACAAAACGGCCUCAUAAGAAAUCUCGAGCUGGAUGCCAACAGUGCAAAAGGAGAAAAGUAAAGUGCGACGAGAUCAGACCGACAUGCAAAGCAUGUAGGCUUCGAAAAGAGAAAUGCAUAUAUCCGACCACCUCGACGGUUCAACCUGCAACCUUAAUCACCAGGCCUACUCCCACCUCUAAAUCAUCAUCUUCUUUUUCACCUAGAUCCUCCUCUCAAUCCUCUUUUGAAAGCGAUGCCGGUACCGUGGUUGUUUCCGAACCCAUGUAUCGGCCAUCUAUGAUGACUGACGCCUUAGACAUGAAAAUGCUGUGGUUCUAUACCACCCGAGCGUAUCAGUUCUUCUCAAUUCAGACCGGUCGUUCCCCAGCGGUGGACCAUGUCUUACAGGUCAAAGUUGUCCAACAUGCUUUCCAGUCUCCCUUUCUUAUGGACUGUUUGAUGGCAGUUUCGUCACUGCAUCUCCGAACAAUGAACCAGCCCGUCCCACUCCAUCGUACAGCAGCUUAUUGCAGCAGGGCCUUUGAGGGCUACCGAAAGGCUAUUGAAGCAGCAAACCCGCCAGACUUCCCCGCUCUAAUAGCAUGCUCGCUUUUAAUGGUGGCUGUGAGCAGUCAUCCGUUCCGGGAACCAGAUGCGAAGCCGCUAUAUGUGGCUGACUGGAUGCAUGUCUGGCGGGGAAUCAGCCUCAUUUUUGAAAUCGUGACACCGCGGGUCCUCCAAGACUCGGGGAUGGCGAUGCUAUUCUACCGACCACCAGUAGAUUUGGAGAAGGCCGCCUCAUACAUACCAAACAACUUAUUGUUCAUGGUGGCCUCCAUCAAGCCUGGUGACGCAGACGAUGAACAUCAGCAAACAUAUUAUGACAUGCUCAAAUACCUGGGCUCGCUUUACCAAGAGGUUAGGGAGCAUGGCUUCAGUCCUAUCCUCGAUCUUCGCAUCGUCACUUUCCUCACAUUCGUUCCAAAGGAAUUUAUCCCACUUGCUAGGGAGCAUCGACCUCGAGCCCUAGUCCUCUUAGCUCAUUAUUUAUGUUUCUCUAAAAUACCUAAAUAUGUGUGGUGGAUGGAAGGUAUUGCAAAUAGAGAAAUAGUACAUAUCUGCAAAUCCGUUGGCAAAGAAUGGGAGCACUUAUUACGCGUACCUCAGAUGGUUCUCAGAACAGAAGACAAAGUCGAAACCGCGCAGUUAAUUAUCAACAAUCGAAAUUGGACGCCUGCUGAGAUGGAUCGAUACGAACAAGACAGAGAUCCCAGGCUAAUAACCGAUCUCAGACUAGUAGAUAAUCAGGGCUCCGAAAUCGAUAUUUCCGGGGGGAAGUGGGUGAUAAAAUCGGCUAUGCCAAUUCCAAUCACCACAAACGUUACCGCUAUACCGAAAUAUCUAGAUCCGUGUCCUGAACUCGCUAGUUCAGUUGCGGAAUUAAUGUCUAAUUCAUCAUAGUCAAAAAUCUCGAUGACUUCAAUAUCAUCUGAAUGGAAAGACUGAAUUCAACCAUACCUCGAUAGAAUACGGGUUUCGACACUAGGAACAAAAUGGCAAAUAUAUGAUGAACCUAGGCUGGGGAAAAUGCAAUCUAACACAUGGAAGUCGAGUGAAAAGGGGAA